AUGCGGUUGACCGACAAAGUCGCGAUUGUCACGGGCGGUGGCUCCGGCUUCGGAGCUGGCAUAGCAAGGCGCUUCGCGAUCGAAGGCGCUCAGGUCGUGAUCGUCGAUAUCGACCGCGCCGCGGCCGAGGCUGUGUUGCAGGAGAUCGGUGGCAACGCCGUAGCGGUCGAAGCGGACGUUACGCAACGCGACCAGGUGGCGCGCAUGAUCGACACUGCGGUGGACCAGUUCGGCAGCCUCGACAUCCUGGUCAACAAUGCGGGCUACAGCCACCGCAACGCUCCGCUCCUCGAGAUCACCGAAGCCGACUACGACCUUUGUUUCGACGUCAACGUGAAGGCGAUCUUUCACGCCACGCAACUGGCCGUCCCGGUCUUCCGCAAGCAAGGCGGCGGGGUGAUCGUCAACACCUCGUCGACAGCCGGUAUUCGGCCCCGCCCGGGUCUGAGCUGGUACAACGCCUCGAAGGGCGCCGUGAACACCUUGACCAAGUCACUGGCCGUGGAGUUGGCGCCAGACCGGAUCAGGGUCAACGCGAUCUGUCCGGUCAUCGGCGAGACGGGUUUGCUGGAAACUUUCAUGGGCGUCGCCGACACCCCCGAUGCCCGCGCCAAGUUCGUGGCGACCAUUCCACUCGGACGCCUGUCCACGCCGCAGGACAUCGCGACAGCCGCCGUGUUCCUGGCCAGCGACGAGGCUGCCUUCAUCACCGGUGUUUUGAUGGAAGUGGACGGCGGUCGCUGCGUGUAA